UUUCUACUUCUACUCCACUCCACUCCGAUUCUUCUACUCCCGUUCAUCUUUCUGCACAACACACAACUUUUGAGCGUCAAGCAAAUUUCCAUCGCUUAAGACCUCCAUCGAGAUACCUCACAUCUAUCCACGGACGAUCUGAGAAUCUCACCCGAAUACCGCCAAAAUGGUUAAGACUUCGGUUCUCAACGACGCUCUCAAUGCGAUCAACAAUGCCGAGAAGACUGGCAAGCGACAAGUCCUCAUCCGACCUAGCUCCAAGGUCAUUGUCAAGUUCUUGACUGUCAUGCAGCGACACGGCUACAUCGGCGAAUUCGAGGAGGUCGAUGACCACCGAUCUGGCAAGAUCGUCGUUCAACUGAACGGCCGCAUCAACAAGUGCGGUACUAUCUCUCCCCGAUACAACGUCCACCUUGCCCACCUCGAGAAGUGGGUCGUCAAGCUGCUACCUUCUCGUCAGUUCGGUUACAUCAUCCUCACCACAUCUGCUGGAAUCAUGGACCAUGAAGAGGCCCGACGAAAGCACGUUGCUGGCAAGAUUAUUGGUUUCUUCUACUAAACGGAAGGGGCAAUUAAAAAAAGGAGGAUGGGAAUGAAUUAAGAUAUAUGAACUGACUGAGAGCAUUUUCGGCGUUGGGGAAGGAGGAAUGGAUAAUGGCCAAGUCGAUUCAUGACUUGAUUUUCAUGUUUUCAUGAAGCCAAAAUACACCAUGAUACCACGAAAUGCUACACUGAGUCCAGUUCUGCAGUAAUCGCUUGUGUUGCCAAGCCCCUUUUAUGCCAUGUGAAAAUGCAGGUUGUACUCCGCACGCACGCACAGGUAAGGGGAGCUAUUAUUACCUAAAAUGCCAGGUGCGUCGGG